CUGGGGCAGCGCCCGGAGGUCCGCUCAUGACGCCGCUCCGCCCGGAGGAGCCCCACUUCCUGCAGAUACACCACAAGAACUGCUGCGUGUUCCGGGACGACUUCAUCGCCAAUGUCCUGCCGCCGGUGCUGGGGCUGGAGUUCGUGUUCGGCCUCCUGGGCAAUGGCUUCGCCCUGUGGAUCUUCUGCUUCCAUCUCAAGCCCUGGAAAUCCAGCCGCAUCUUCCUCUUCAACUUGGCCGUGGCCGACUUUCUGCUCAUCAUCUGCCUGCCGUUCCUCAUGGACAACUACGUGGGGAAGUGGGACUGGCGCUUCGGCGACAUCCCGUGCCGGCUGAUGCUCUUCAUGCUGGCCAUGAACCGCCAGGGCAGCAUCAUCUUCCUCACCGUGGUGGCCGUGGACAGGUACUUCCGCGUGGUCCACCCCCACCACGCGCUCAACAAGAUGUCCAACCGCACGGCCGCCGCCGUCUCCUGCGUCCUGUGGGCCGUCACCAUCGGCCUGACGGCGCACCUGCUCUACAACCAGAUGCUCAUCCCGAACGCCGAUGCCUACCUGUGCAGCAGCUUCAGCAUCUGCUACACCUUCCGGUGGCACGAUGCCAUGUUCCUCCUGGAGUUCUUCCUGCCCCUGGGCAUCAUCCUCUUCUGCUCGGCGCGCAUCAUCGGCAGCCUGCGGCGGCGCCAGAUGGACCGGCACGCCAAGAUCAAGAGGGCCAUCACCUUCCUCCUGGUGGUGGCGGUCGUCUUCGUCCUCUGCUUCCUGCCCAGCGUGGCGGUGCGCAUGCGCGUCUUCUGGCUGCUGCGCACGGUGGGCACGCGCCACUGCGACGUCUACCGCUCCGUGGACCUGGCCUUCUUCGCCACGCUCAGCUUCACCUACAUGAACAGCAUGCUGGACCCCCUGGUCUACUACUUCUCCAGCCCGUCCUUCCCCAGCUUCUUCUCCGCCCUGUUCCGCCGCUGCCUCCGCAGGAAGGCGCCGCCCGGGGAGCCGGAGAACAACCGCAGCACCAGCGUGGAGCUCACGGGGGACCCGAGCACCGUCAGGCCCGUCCCCGGCGCCCUGAUGGGCGACCCUGCGGGGCCCUGGAGCCCCUCCUAUCCGACUGCAGCCUCUCGCUAAAGCGCCGCGCCGGAGGGAGGCUGUCGCCAAGAACCAGGAUCGCCGGGGACCCAGGUCGGCGGGUGCCCGGAGGGGCCUCUGCGACGUGGCCCGGGCUUCCCAGGAGGAUCUGAUUUAGGGAAGCGGUGCGGGGAGGGCUGGGCCGCACGGUGUCUCCGCACAGACCUCGAGGGUUGGAGACGCGAGUGUCUGGGCGCCACGCGGGGCUGGACGCGGCAAAGCUGCCCACGCUUCUGCCCAGCGAAGCUGGGGCCCCGGAGACGCGGCCCGCGCCUGUGAUUCUCUUCGCCUGCCUGUGACUCGGCGGGUUCUCAGCUCUUGCUCCUGGAGGAGGCCUGGGCGUCCUCUCUCAAGCCCUGGACCUCCUGGGGCGUGUGGGAUGGAGUCGUCUUUCAGACAAGCUUUAGCAGAACCGGGCUACACAAAGAGACUCAUGAACUUUGGUCAAUAUCCGAGUUUCCGACGGUGGUAAGAAGGGAACUCGCCCGCAGAGAUUCCGAGCCCAGCAGUGUUACCAAGGGAAAGGAAAUGGCAUACGUGCUGCAGCCUGCACUUAAUCCUGUUCCCCUCUUGUUGACACUCCCGUGAAGGCUGAGCAGUUAAACAGGCUUCAGGGAAGAGAGCUGCUCCCCACCUCUGUUUGCUUUUAUCAUUAAAAGGGAAAAUGCUGCAGAUGGCUAGAGGGGGAAGAGGCCUCCUGGUCCGUGUGCUUGUGUUUCUGUACUUACAGGGAAGCUACACGUCAAUACCCUUGGAUGUGGGACACACGGUCUGGUGUUGUGUGUGUCUGGGCAACAGUUCACAGAAAUGAAACUUGUUACUCAAGCGGAGACUUUUAUGGGUUGUGAACUGUGUCCUGGUAGAGAAAACACCGUCUCCUGUAAUGUGAGAGGCGCCGUGGAUGCUGAAAUUCCACAGGCUCUGAGACCAGGAUGGGACAGGGCAGGGGAUGAAAAAAAGAACAUUUAAAUUCGGAAGGGUAGUUGCAUUUUACAUCGUAUUUAGAUUUUGGUGAAUCUUGCUAUUACUCUUUGUGAACUUAACAAGGGAUCAGGCAGCUGAAACCUACAUAAUUUUAUUAACCAAUGUCACCCCAAUAAAUUCAAUAU